AUGAUUCUCGACAAGCCCAAUCCGUCCUGUGUCAAAUAUGCAACAAAUUUGGGCCCUGGGGAUGGAGUAAAGAGGCCUAAGGUUCUUGCAGGCGAACCGAGUGACUCGGAGAUGAAAACCUACACAAACAUCACGCCAGAAGGCACAUUUAUUGAUUUGCAUGUCGAUCAAGGUUAUGAGGGAAUAACAUUGGUUGGGCGGGGUUGCGUCAAACUCUGGGUGAUGUUUCCUCCAACCGAACACAAUCUGACCAUUUGGGACGAAUAUCGAGAAUCCCAGGAGAUUUUAAAAAGCUCAUGGGAUCGUCUGAAGGGAGGCAAGGUUGCUAUCCAGACUGGAAAUCAAGCAAUCAUUCUCAAACCAGGCCUUCUACACUCUACAUUUACCCUAAGAGGCAGUUUGGUUUUUGGGUUAACAUAUAUAACCAAAAGCUGCCUCACAGUCACGCCCAAACUCUUAAGGAUAGAGCACGAUCAUUUCCAAAAACUUGGGGACGACGACUUGUCUCCCUUCCUUGAGAGUAUUCUCAUCUGUAUGAGUCCAGAGAGUGACAGACAGGACGAGGCAUUGCGAGUUCUAUGCGAAAUGCCAAAGAUACGAGCCGUGAAAAAAAACGACCUGUUAGCUAAGAUUAAGGAUGCAAUAACAUCUGCUGAUUGCCGUCACUGCGGCAAGCGAUGGAGGAGCCAUUGGGGAUGA